UAAGGAAUCUUGCGGGAAGCUUCUUCAUAAGACCGGAAGACACUUCAAAGAGGGAAAAUGUUGCAUAUGGAUCUAUAUAUAAAUGUGCAGAGCAUCGUAAGAUAGAUCCUCACUGAAUAACAAUGGCUGAAUAUCGCUAUACUUUAAAUUUUCAUGAGUCAUUCAAUACUUACCAUGAUUUGCCUGAUGCUGUUACACAUGACUUUAGUCCCCUGAAGCAGUACUCCGAGGGCAAUGUGGGUGUGGAAAAUCAACAAGUACUCAUUCUACAACCAGAGGAAGAAAUUAAACGAAGGAGAAGAAUUCAGAGUAUAAUGUUUUCUGAGAAGAAAAGAAGGAUAAAGAUGAGACAAUUGCUCUUUACUUUACAGUCUCUACUGCCUGUUUCAACUACCAAUAAGGUAGAAAGACAUUACAUCAUAGAAGAGACUGGUAAAUAUAUUCAGACUCUCCAGACUAAAACCCUGGACUUGCAGAAGAAGAAGGCCCAUUUAUUGGCCGCGACAAGAAGCUCAUCGAUUGAUCAUAAUUCAUCAGCCAUUGAUAGAGAGUCUAUAAGUCUUAAUGUAUGUAUAGCAGUUUAUUCCAGUGAAACAGUUAUAAUAAGAAUUACUGCCUCAAGAAUGCCGCGCUCUCUCUGCGAGAUGUAUGAAGUAGUUGAAGCACAUGCCUUAGAAAUACAGAACUCAGAUGUUUACAGCGGGGACUCCAUUGUCUUUCUCUAUAUCCACGCCACAGCAAUUGUAGGCAUGCAUUGCCAUAACUCAUUAGAAAUGACCCAAAUUGAACAAGGUCUGAACAAAGUUUUACAAAAUAUUUACUAGAAAUAUGUUGAGGAUAUUCACUCUCAGCUGAAAAAUAGGAAAGAAAUGUAAAGGGGUUUCCCUAAAUUGAUUAAAAUUUGAGCUUAAAAAUUUCCUGUUCAGUGUUUGGU